CCAUUUAACAAAACCACACCCAAAUACUACUUAGCUCCUUGGGAACAAUUCUUCUUCAACCAAUCCUCAAAAUUUACACUUAUCCGUACACAUACUUUCUCACUUACUUCCAAAUUCAAGACUUUCACGAUCCACGAUUACAUUACGAAUUUAAUGAUAUAAUCCGUUCGCCAUUCGGGUUUCCAACUUCAACAAACCAAUUUAACCGGCGCAUCUCACUAAUACAUCUAUCAGUUUGAAGGACUCGGAUGCUCCUCCUUGUCCCGAAAACCAUUCACGAUCAAAGUGUCUACUCAUAAUACAAGCCAGGAUGAUCCGCAGGAUACAGCGAAACACAGUCUAGAUGUUAUGGGCACUCACAAUCAUGAGGGAGCAACGGCUACAAAACAUGGUGACUCGACCACCAGCCUUAUUGAUCGAAAAGACAAAGUCAACAACGCCACGAAUAUCAUCAAAAGUCCGACGCUUUCCGGAAGACAAGAGACUGUGACUGAUUCCGAGACUUCGAGGGAUGUGGAUAUGCCCGAUGCACCCCCUGAGGAUAUUGAUGUGAAGAGUGAUUCAGAAGCAGAAACAAUCGUCCUGGAAGGCAAAAAUGGCCACUCGCCCUCGAAAACUCGAAAAUCGAUCAAGCAUGAGGACAAUAGUGACGAGGAAGAUAUUCGAAAGCCGUCCGAGUCUAGGAAACGCGAAACCUUAUCACUGGAAGCACUUUCUCAUAACGAAAAUCAUCUAGGAAGGCGCAAGCGUCUUAAGAUCGACCCUUCUGAGCCAAGUAAAUCUCAGUCUGGUAAUGGGAGAUUAUCCAGUCUACAAAACAAACGGCAUUCAUCUCUUCCAAAAUCUACUGGGCCAGAAUUGAGAUCUGACGAAUCAUCGUCGCCACCAUUAUCGAAUUUAGACAGCGCCGAUAAGGCUACAGCCGUCGAAAGAGCUUUUCCGCGGAAUAAACAGAACCCAUCGGACUCGGACGAAGAUCAUGUCGACCACGAAGAUCGAAAAUUAGAGCGACUGCGAAAUUCUGCCUUGAACAACAUGCAAAGGAAAGGAAACAUACCCUCACUGAACAUCAGCAUGGAGAAUACUUUAGGUGUCAGGAAGGAACGAUCAGAGUCUCCCCACCAUGGACGUUCUCACAAACGCGGUCACUCUACUCAGUUUCCCUCGAAAUCGAUCCAUAAUUCAGGCCACCGUAAAGGACGAAUACCGCCUCCUCUUCUAUCUACCGAGUACCAAUCCGAUGACUCUUCUGCUAGCGGACGCUCACACCCUCGUAGCUCUCGACCCCGGCAACGCACAGCUUCUACCAUCAGAGAUCUUGCUACACCAGUGACUGUCCCCCAAAAGAAGAAAAAACACCUCGAUAGUUCUGGCGCAACCAUGUUAUUCCAGUUUGUUCGUAAGAAUAAUCUUGCAGGAGUGAUGGAGGAAUUCAACAAGCACCCUGAAGACCUAAAUCAAGCAGAUAAUGCGUUGAACACGCCACUGCAUGGCGCAAGUCUUGUAGGCUACGAUAAAAUUGUUGAAUUCCUCUUGAGCAAGGAUUGUAAUGUUGAUGUAGUCAAUGACCUUGGCGACACACCACUUCAUGAUGCCAUUGACAAUGGUCAUGUUGAAGUUGUGAGACUCCUUUUAGAGUAUGGUGCUGACCCACGUAAGGCAAAGAAGGCUGGAGGUGAUGAGCCUAGUGAUCUAGCAGCAGCUUAUGUUAGUGUUCCUGAGGACGAGGAAAAUACCAGAAAAACGAGGAAAGAGAUGCAGCAGCUUAUUGAAGAUGCCAAGUCUAAGUACCAUGAAGAUACUGUCCUGAGCGAACAAACAACGGGAGAAAAUGCAGAUCAUGAGUCCUAUUCAAGAAAUAGUCCUCAUCAUAGCCCUACCUCUGAGCAUCCUGGUAUAUCGAACGGCCUGCGAGCACGGUCGUAUAGAACCACACACCGAGAUUUAUAUCGAGAUCAUAAUAAUGCUGAAAUGCUUCGGGAAGCCUGUCGAAACGGCGAUCACCCAAACAUCUAUAAUUGGCUAGACGUCAAUCAAAAGAAGGGGAAGGAUCCAACAUCUCUUCUGAUCGCGGCAAAAGCUGGCGACAAAUUUGCUGUCGACCUACUACUUGGCCUUGGUAACUACGACUGCGAUCCUGAGCCUCUAAGAGGUGUAGAAUUUCGAUGGUCUACACCAAUGCUUUGUGCUAUUCAUAAAGGUCAUAUUGACGUGGUUAAGUGCUUGCUUUCAGGAGACUUUGACCCGACCAGGCGCUUGAAGGAUAAGACUUACUAUGAACAUGCGCAGGAAAGAGAGAGGGGCAGUCCCAACUAUGACUCAGUUGUUGAAACACUCAAAGAUGCUUUCAACUCAUAUUCGAAGCCAGCCAAAACUUCGCCCUCCAAAUCCCGCUCCCCCAAACUUCAUCGAGACUCUGAUCGCGGCCGCGAUUCUAGAAGGCCAAUAAGGACUACCCGUGAUCGAUCUUCACCAUCACGGAAGAGGAGUCCUUCAAAAUCGAUGAGGAGUUUAGAAGUAGGAUUGUCACGUCGCCCAAGCAGCGACUCCCUUCAUCCGGGCCUUAUCACACAGAACCAGGCAAGAAGAGGUCCAGGCCGUCCAAGAAAAGAGGAAAGCAACGCUUCGCAUCCGACUUCAGACACAGAAAGCACUCCUUUAGGUCCUCCUAAGAAAAAAUUGCAAGCUUCGAAGGUUACAGAAGCUGAUGCUGCGGUGAUGUCAUCUGAAAACGAGCCUCCGAAACCACGGCGUAAGCUUGUCUCUGGUAAGGACUUGAGAGGAGAACGGGAUAGACAAGGGCGUGGAAGUAUUGCAUCAAAUAUUUCUACCGUAUCUGUCCAAGAUCGAGACCAGGUAGAAGAGUCGAAGAGCAAAGAUGGCAAACAGAAAACCACAGUCAUUGCGCAAACAACCGAACUUGCAAAUGAAGACCAGGUCUCAAAACCUUUCAUCGUCGAGAUGGCUUCGGAUAAAAGCGAAAAGCAUGACAAAGCUAAAGGUACAAAACGAGAUGAUUCUAAAGACCGACUAGCUUCUAUUCGUAAUGAUAAGAGUCCGAUAAAACGACAACGCAAGAGCACAACGCCACCUCGCACAGGUACACUUGAUACAAUGGUUCCCACGGAGACUGAUGGUGCUCCAUCUAAGCGCCAGAAAGUAGAGGGACUUUCAAAGCAUAUUAUCACAGAUCAAAAUACAUCAAAUUCGUGUACUGACCAGCCAGCACCCAAUCUUGAUACAACAUCUCAGAACAAAUGGGCUUUAAAAAUUACCAGAGAGAACACAUCAAGAUCUUCGUCAAAAUCUACUGGGGAAAAUGAGACAUGUUUCGACAAAGAGAACGACGAAAUCCAAGCAGCCAAAAAACCCGAGCUCUCAAACCUGAUCGAUCUGGAACGCAAGAAACAGGUGAAACUGGCCAGGGAAGCUCGGGAAGCUCGAGAAGUCAAGCAGCAGGCCAAAGAAGCCCGUGAAGCGAAAGCAGCGGAGGAAGCUCGAGAAGCAAAGGAGAAGGAAGCAAGGGAAGCAAAAGAGAAGGAAGCAAGGGAAGCAACAGAGAAAGAGGCAAAGGAGAGAGAAGCGCGGGAGAAAGAAGCAAAGGAGGCAAAAGAAGCUCGAGAAGUCGAAGAGGCUCAGGAGAAGCUAGCCAUCGAGGAAGCUGCUAAGCGAGCACAGGAAGAAGAGGACCGAAAAUCACGACAUGCCCAGGAAGAACGCGACAAAGCAGAACAAAGGCGAAUAUACGACGAUCAGAAAAGGAUAGAGCGGGAGAAAUUGGAACAAACCCGAGCCGCUGCGCAAGAGCGAGAACGGUCUGAGAAAGCGAGACAGGCGCGAGAAAAGGAAGAACAAAGACUAUCAAAACUUCCACUUCUCCUUCGAGUCUUUGAUCAACUCCCGCAAGCUGAGACACUCAAAAUUGCUUCUUUGCCCAAAUUCCGAAUCAUACAAGGAUAUCGAUAUGAUACCAUCAGACCAGAAGCAAUAGGCAGCUCCAGUGCGCGAGAGCAGUGGAUGCUCAACACUGAUGUUGCGUUAUUGCUAGGAGAGAAAGACCUCGAGUUAUCAAGAUAUACGGCAUGGGAACGUAUUCCAUUGGAGAUGGAUGCCAAGGAAGCUAUAUGGCCCCGUGCACACGCAAAAUAUUCUCGUGAUCCUUUCAAGCCAAAUAUCCUCGUUCCUUCUGAUGAACGUGUGCACCUGGCAGAAGACGCUAAGCCUCUGUUCCUUGGGCUCGAUCUUUUCUUCGUAAAGGUAUCGGAGUUCAUGUAUGUGGUACCUAAUUUUCCUCACCUACGAGAUAGUCAAAUAGCCAUCGAAUACCAAGAACUUGUCCCCUUAGGCGCCACUCCGGUCAACAGAUAUGAGCAAGACUCAGAUCAUGAUCCGAGCCAACCAUUCUGGCCUGAGCCUCAAAUCUACAUCAGUGGAACCUUAGUCACACAUACAAAAAUCGAAACCAAAACAAGCACGAAACCUUUUCCAGAACCCAAAGUAUCAAGACGAGAAAAUUCAAACGAGAAGGAAUUACUUGCAUUGGCUUUGGCCAGAACGCAAAUGCUUUGGGAACAGCGCGAACGUGAUGAACAUGAUGGUAUCACCCCACCACACUCCGAUCGAUCUAGAUCGCUCAACGAAGAUGGUCUGAUUCAAGAAUCUAUUUCGGGCCCAAUCACGAUCAGCCAAAACACAGAUCUUUCAAACGGAACCUUUCCUCUUUCUAACGGAACCGUAAUGCAAGAAGUCGAUAUAUUGGAUUGAGGAAUAUCGUCACUGAUACAAGACACGCACUAACAUAUGUUCCAUCGUAAUUGUUAUAUAAUCGCUGUAUAAGAAGUUUCUUCCCAGGAUGGGCAAGUCUGUAGAUAUUCUUUUCUGGGAAAAGAAACGUCACGUCAUAUUUUCUCCAUCAGAACAUAAUACUGUACAUAUACAGAUUCGAAUCUCAAACUAUCGAGAGACCAGAUGAAAUGAGCACCCUUCAUACCCGGCCCUAAUCCGAUUCCAAAUCCAAUCCCAAUCAUGCAUCCAAACGACGUGAGAACGAAAGGAACGGUUCAAACAUACUCGUCAAGAUGUCUUUAUCCUAAAGACAUCCCCGACUUCUUGUUUGAAGGGGGGGCUGGGGAGGCAGAAGAGUCAAACACGUUGGCCGGCAAAGAUACUUGACUCGGGUGAAGACAAACGUCAUGUAUAGAUAGUAAUGAAAAAAGUUAUAUAACUCCAUCUAAAAAAAAUCUUU